CCACUGGUAUUCUUCAUAUUAGCUGCGCAUUUCGGUAUCUGCCACUGCCACGCUGUCCUCGGUCGGGGGGUGAAAAAUUGUCUACAGUAAGAAAUUUUUGGUCACGCCAAGUUAUAUUCUCGCAAUGAGCUCGGAGAAGCUGCUUAACGUAAGCGAAGUUACCGGCCGGGCCCGCCGAGACCGACCCGGCGCGGCCCGACCGGUGACGGUGGCCGUGGCUGCCGGGGCGGGGGUGCUGGUGGUGGCGGCCCUCGUCUUCCUCGCUCACGAAGUUAAGCAUGUCCGUGAGAACUCCGCUCAACUGAAAGACCAGAUCCUGACGCUGAAGGAUCGCACCUUGGCCAUGGAGAUCAAGCAAGACGCCGCUACUGGAAACAAGGAAGAGGCGUCCUGUCACAAGGAGGAAAUGACGGCCUUGAAAAUCCAACUGUCGUCUGUGCAGACUCAAUUAGACAGCGAACGUGCUGAGGUCUCGUCUCUCAAGGCGGAGUUGCAGAAGGAGAAAGCUGACGGGGCGUCUCUGAGGGAGAGACUGGCUGUGCUGGAAACCAAGUUCCAACUCGGGCAUGCUGAGGAACAAAACUUUGGAAACUUUCGAGAGGGCGAGAAGUCCAACCAAGCUGACAGUGUCCCUGAACACAACGCUACCUUGCGGAGGUACAGGCGAUCCCCCAACUCCGUCACACCGUACGGUCCCUUCCGCUGUCCCGAAGGACCGGCCGGACGAGACGGGCGGGACGGCCGUGAUGGUGUUCCCGGGCCGCCCGGGCCUCCGUGCGGAUGUGGAGGGUGUGGGGAGCCGUCUUGCGAACAGGGUCCACCUGGACCAGAGGGCCCGCCUGGACCAGAGGGCCCGCCUGGACCAGAGGGCCCGCCUGGACCAGAGGGCUCGCCUGGAGCACAGGGCUCUCUUGGUGCACAGGGACCGCCUGGACCAGAGGGCUCUCUUGGUGCACAGGGACCGCCUGGACCAGAGGGCUCGCCUGGUGCACAGGGACCGCCUGGACCAGAGGGCUCGCCCGGAACACAGGGCUCGCCUGGACCAGAGGGCUCGCCUGGAGCAGAGGGCUCGCCUGGUGCACAGGGCUCGCCUGGACCAGAGGGCUCGCCUGGACCAGAGGGCUCGCCUGGAGCACAGGGCUCGCCUGGAGCACAGGGCUCGCCUGGAGCACAGGGCUCGCCUGGACUAGAUGGCCCGCCUGGACCACCUGGAGUAAAUGGAUCAAGCACAGACUACGUCAACUACCGUGACGUACUGGCACAGAGCAUCUGCACAGCGGCCUCCAACCAAGCAUCAGACAUCUUCGCCAUCCGUCGGGAUUGCAGACCUAAUUACGGGGACGGUCUGACGUGCAACGACAUGUGCACAUCUCGCAAAGCGGCCAUGAUAGCAGCUGUCGGCAGCCGGAGGAGCACCUCAGAGUGCUUUGAUGCCGUAUAUGUGUACGGGAAUCGGCCAGUCCUUUCAUCCGACCACAAUACUGACGCUGGAGAACUCGGCCCUGCAGCAUAUCGCUAUCUCAGCGGUGGCUGUGCUUUUGCGGCUAACGUCUGCGGGCCAAACUACUGUUGCUGUCGCCUUCGCUAGCUCUAGCAUCUUCCCGAGAUUCUCCCGAGACUGGGGCAGGACUGCAACAGUGGCUAGACACAACAAAGAUGGGAGUUUACCAAAGCUCAGAUUUGCACAGUAAAGGAUAUCUUUUACCUGAUAAUGUGAUAGUUUACCGUACGUACACCUAUAUAUAUAUAUAUAUAU